AUGUUUUAUAGGUCAAGCGACACAGUAUCGAAAAAAGAUAAUAGCGGAGUACAAAAACCAGAUGCAACAAGUAUAGACAAGAACGAAAAGUCUAAAGUUGGAAAUGAAGGCGUUUGUACGUUUUGCGAGAAGAAAUUGAACUCCAAAGAAUCUUUGCUGCAUCACUAUGGAUUAUCGCACCGCUCACUCAUCAUCAACGAAUCCAAAGCGUUAAAAUGCAGAAAUUGUGACGAUUUAUUGAGUACAGUCGGUUUGAAAGAUCAUAUGGUCAACGUUCAUAAACUCAAAGGUGCCUUUUGCGGGAUUUGCAACAAGCAUUUUUCGAAGGUAUCCGAAAAUGUAGACCAUGUUAAGACGUCGCAUAUUAUGGUGAUCAAAACCCUAUCCUGCACGAUUUGCAAGCUGUCGUCUGAUAAUCAAGAGAACCUGAUAUCACAUUACUAUGACAAGCAUUUACAGAAAACAACUCCAAAAGAAACGCCAAAGAAAAAGAAAGUUGGUCCCGAAACUCAAAUUACAAGUGGAAGACUAGAUCAAGGCCUAUGCGGCCUUUGCAAGGAAACAUUCGAAUCUAAAAAGUCUCUACUACAACACUAUAGCAUAGCUCAUCAUUCGAUCAUAAAAGAAUCUAAGACCUUGAAAUGUAAUAAGUGUAAUCAUUUUAUCACCACAACUUUGCGGCAACAUAUAGGGAAUGCUCAUAGACUCCAAGGAAACUUCUGCUCCAUCUGCCACAAGCGCUUCACCGCGGUAUCUCAAAUUAUCGACCAUGUCAGGUCGGCUCAUAUCACGGCGAUCACAAAACAGUUAUGCUCCGUUUGCGGCUUGGACGGCGAUCAAGAAAGUCUGAUAUUACACUACCUGGACAAGCAUUCAACAACAACAACCACAGGAGAACUGGUAAAGGUUAGCCAAACAACCGUUAAGGAUGAACUUUGCCAUCUCUGCGAAACCAAGUCCGGUUCUAAGUCUUUGCUAGAACAUUAUCUUGAUCUACAUGGUGCAUACAUCACGGAGAUUAAAGUCUGGAAGUGUGGCAAGUGUCAGAUUUUCUUCAACACCCAGGAAGAUAAGCAGAAACAUCUAGAUGAAAAACACACUAUCACUGGCAAUUACUGUCCGAUUUGCUAUAAAGAUGUUUCUAGCAGAAGUCAAGUUGUAGACCAUCUGGAAUCCUCACAUAUUACGGCCUUCUCAAAGCUGCUAUGCAUUAUCUGUAAAAUGGAGUGCAACAGUCAGGAAGAACUAAUGCUGCAUUAUCAGGAGAAACAUUGCAACACUGGCUCAAACGAUACAGGUAUAGAGAUAAGUAAGGUUUGGAGGUGUAGAGUAUGUGUUACUUUCAGUGAUACGGAAAAUGAUAUGGAGAAGCAUCUACAAAUGAAGCAUAAAGUUCAAGGAAGUUUCUGCCCAGUUUGUUUCAAAGGCUUCAUGACAAGAUCUGAAGUUAUUGUGCAUCUUAAGACUUCGCAUAUUGAAGUCAUCGAAACACCUUCUUGUUCUAUUUGUUCGUCGGAGUUUGUUAAUCUUGACCAUCUGUUGCGUCACUUUAAGGAUACACAUGCUAGCGGAUCUACAACUGAAGUAGCUAGCGGGUCAAAUUCAAGCGUAAAAAGCGAUAUAAUGACUUGGCGAUGCAGGAAAUGUAUUAUCUUCGCUGACACUGAAGAAGAUAUGCAGAAACAUUUGGACGAGAAACACAAAAUAGAAGAGAAUCUGUGUCCCAUUUGCUACAAGAGUCUAAAGACGCAGCUCGAAGUUACUAAUCAUCUGAAGUCGACUCAUGUUGAAGUCCUGGAAAAACCAACAUGUCACGUCUGUAAGCUGGAGUUCACUAAUCUUAAUCAUUUGAGGUUACAUUAUGAUGACAAACACAAAAAUAAACCAACGAACGAACGAACUGAAAAGGCGAAAUCGCGGGAAGAUGAGACAAACUCACAGAUCUCUUGCGUUAUUUGUGAGGCCAAAUUUGAGACAAAAAUAGAAAUGGGGAUGCACUGCCGGUGCUACCAUCCUGAGUUGUUUGGUGUAGUCAAAAUUUGGAAGUGCAUGCAAUGCGAUUCUGGUUAUGUCCAUUCUGAGGAAGGUAUGCGAAAACACCUAGAAGCAAGACAUGAAGUGAGACAAGGCAAGUGUUCAUGCUGCUCCGUAUCGUGUGCGACUUAUCCUGAAGCCCUAGAUCAUUGGAUGUCUCAUGUUCAAGUCACUAUGAAACCAACUUGUUCUAGUUGUAACACGCCGUGUGCGAACGACAUGCGCGUCGUGUACCACUAUUAUGAAAAGCACAUAUUGCAAAAUGAGAUAAAGGAAAAACCUGCCAAAGGGUCUAAAGUUGACGCAAUGCAAAAGGAAGCUUCGGCUAAUAAAAGAUUCGAAUGCCACGCGUGCUUGGAGAAAUUCCAACAAGACCUUGACCUUGCGCUUCAUCUGGGAGCUGCUCAUGGUGUGGAAAUCGUAGAUCCAGAUUUGCAGAAACAAAAAGUCUUCGGAUGCCCUGUCUGUAUCGCGAACUUCAAGACGAUGGAACUGGCGACUAAGCAUGUCAAUCAGAGACAUUUUGGCACGCAGCAACCGGUCGUGGAGCAGUACAUUUGCAGAUACUGUCUGUUGGAUAUGCUUAGCGAACAGACGCUUCAAAAUCAUGUGACUAAAAAACAUUCCGAAGAGACAGAUCUGGGUUUAGAUUGGGGUCCUCCAGCGCGACUGAUCCCAUGUCAGAUAUGCAAAAAGAAAUUCGGAUCCGAAGAAGGUCUAUUGAGUCAUUCAAAAACGAAACAUCCUUUAAAAAUACAAGCGACUGGUCCUCCAGUCCCUUUAGAGUCGACCCUAAUGACUUUUGAAAUAGGAAAAUCGACUUAUUAUAAAUGUCCGUACUGUAGCUAUCGUAACAUAAUACAAGUACUGAUUGAACAUAUUUAUUCACUUCAUAAAGAUAUGCUACAUGAAAUAACUGAUCCGAUAUCAUUUGGACUAGCUGACGAUGCUCCUCAACCUUCAGAUAGCCAAAACACUGGUAGGAAAAGGGUCAAUGAACCUAGCGACAAAAAAAUUAAAACAGGCACAUCUUCAACUCCCAAGGAACCGCAUGGCCUGAUGCCUAGCGCAAGAGGCUUGACGGCUGAUGAUACCGUUAGACCUUUAGAUAGUCAAAAUACUGGUAGGAAGAGGCUUGGAUACAAUGAACCAUAUAACCUUUUACCUAGCGACAAAAUAAUUAAAACAGGCACAUCUUCAACUCCCAAGGAACCGCAUGGUCUGAUGCCUAGCACAAGAGGCUUGAUGGCUGAUGGUACCGUUAGAUCUUCAGAUAGGAAAAGGCUUGGAUCCAAUGAACCAUAUAAGCUUUCCGAACCUAGCGACAAAAAAAUUAAAACAGGCACAUCUUCAAGUGGUCUAACAGCAAAUAUACCUAGCUCAAGAGGUCUGACGGCUGAUGAUUCUGUUAGACGUAGAAGGCAAGGUAACGAGGAAGGGGGCUCUUUUGAAUCAUCCCAUUUCAGAAAUGAGAAACGAUUGGACCAAGAAAAACAUCGUACGACCUAUGGUUCUUAUGAAUCCAGAGGAGGCUUUAGAAAUGAGAAAACAGUAGAUCAAGAAGGUUCUCCGACUUACGAUUCAUAUGAAUCAGGAUACGUAAGCGAAAAAAGAAGAGAACCAAGAAAUCCUCCUGUAAGAAGCUCUAGAAACGAGACAAAGCUAGAUCAAAGAAGUGAAGCUAUGGCUUACAAUCCUUACGAAUCAAGGCACAGAGACUCUGGGGUCCAGGAAAGUAUGGGCCAAGGAAAAGAACCUACAUCCUGCGGUUCUUCUGAUUCAAGACGCCAGCAAGUAACUAAGCCUACAUAUAGAAAAGAAGUAGAAGAAGAAAUUCAACCGUCGGGUUCUAGGGGUGAGGAAAUAAUUGGAUCCGGGGAGUUUACCGAUAUUGGCGGACCGACGAAUAAAGUCAGUGAUGAUGAUGGAGUAUUGUUUACUAGGAGACAAACUUCGAAAGACAGAGGCCGUGAGUCUCCUUACAGCACCACUUCAGCGGGUUCCUGGCCAUACGGCUCAAGAAGUCGACCUGUCGGGAGCUUAGAUGGAAACCAAGGUUACAUCAAAGACGAUACGCGAAGUAGAAUAUAUGGAGAUACAGAUCGAAAGCAAGGCUAUGGUGAUGUUAGCUCGAGGGUAGCUGAUGAUUUCAGGGGUAGAUCUUUCGGAAGUCAAUUUCGUAGUACUGGUAGAUCGAGUAACGUACCAAGGAUGUGCAGCGAUAUCAAAGCUGUGGAAGAUGUAGAAAUAGCAGUUAGCAAUCAAGCUUAUGUAAAAAGCAAUAAUAAUGAUGAAAACCCUACAACUAUUGAAAAUGAAGAAAAUAAUUAUGAAGGUGAAAGUACUGAAUGUAGGAAAUCAAACGUUAAAAACGAAGUAGAUAAACUACUAUGUGAAACAAGUAAUGUGAUUGAAGAGUCUGAAAUAUCAGUAACAAAUAUCGAAUGUACCGAUCAAAAUGAAAAAUGCAAAGCAUUAAACAAAACAGUAUUUACGGAUAAUGGAACUGAAGACCAAAAGCCUAAUGAGAUAAAUAUUGAUAAGGAAACGUCAACUAAGAAUGAUUUGAAAGAAUCUGAAUUAAUCAACGAGACUGAAAAAAGAGAUGAACUAGAUAGGAGAUUAGAAGUAUUUGAGGUAUCUGUAUCGAGCGUUAAAGAAACAAAUCAAUUUGAGCAAUCUACAACGCAAUAUGAAAUAUUACACAAAGAUAAAAAAAGCAAUUUGCAACGAUCUGAGGAAGCAAGAUCUGAAAAAGGACAAGUAAUCAUAUCUAAUAAAGAUGAAACUAGCGAACAAAAUGAAAAAGUUAUUGAAGACAAUAGAUGUGAAGCCGAUAAAGAUAAAAAAGUAGAUGAGUCUGGUAAGUUGGAUAUGUCUACGGUAAUAUCAAGUAAUACGAAGACAAGUCAACUUGAGAAGGCUCCAGUCACAAUACUAUGUGAAGUUAAAGAAAUCGAGACAAGUUCCGAAAAAGAAACAAACGCGCUGACAUUGAAUAAAGAUGAAAGAAGGGAAACUAACGAUUCUACUAAGGCUAUUAGUAAAGAUAGUAAAUAUGACGUUCCUAUUCUUUUUUCAACAAGUGAGGAUACGUUCAGCAGCAACGAUCUGCGAUUCAAAUGUGGUCUUUGCAGUGACGCGUUUUCUGACGACCUUUCUUUAAAAGCUCACUGCAUGAUAUGGCACGAAAAUCUCACGUUUUGCUUUCUCUGUGAAACAGAGGUCGACACUGAAUCCGCUCUACUCCAGCACUAUCGUACUGAACAUCAUGAAAUCCUCAACGAAUCUAAAGCGUGGCGGUGCAAAAAUUGUGAAAUUUCAUUUCCUUCUGAAGUGAAUAUGCUUAAGCACCUGAAAAAGAAGCAUAGAGACGAAAACAAUUUCUGUACAAUAUGCUUAAGACAUUUUCGUAAAACAGAGAAAGUUAUAACGCAUCUCAAAUCGUUGCAUGUCGGAGUCGUCAUAGAAGUAUCUUGCUCGUAUUGUAGAAUGAUAUUCGAGGAAGUACCGCAACUAGUUUUGCAUUAUCUGGAUCACCACAGGGAAGAAAUAAGAAAUCAGUGCGUUUUUAAGGAACGACUGGGAAAGGAUGUCAGAAAUGAUCCUGUGAAAUCGUCAGCGGAAAACGUUGGUCUGCAAGAGAUACAUUUAUCUAAUCGUGUGAAGGAACGUCACGAUGAUUAUGAGGAUGGUUCCUUUACAGUGCAUGAAGCGACUUCAGAAGAAUACUCUUGCAGGUACUGUCAGCAAGCGAUAUCUGCAAAAAACUUGAAAAAUCACGUGUUGCAGUGCAGACCGCAUCGUGAAACACUGCGUUGUAAUCAUUGUUCAGACCCUUUCUUUACCAAAGAGGAGCUCGACUUACAUGAGAAUACCAAUCAUAGUGAUCUACUUGAAAACAAAUUGCACAACUCGUCGAAAGUUACUGAUAGUGUGCUUUGUCCAAUUUGUAAAACUAAAUUCAAAUCAGAAAAAAGUAUGAUCGAUCAUUCGUAUAUUAAACAUCCUGCAGUCAAACUGGAUGAUUCGUUUGGCGUGCCGUUACAAUCACUUGUCAAAGUUGACGAUAACGACGGAACUUAUCAGUGCAUUUUUUGUAUAAAAUGGUUUUGCAGCUUAUCAGCUAUCGUGUAUCAUAUCAUUCGGAGACACGAAGAGCGAAAAGAAAAAAUGUCUGAUUGUGUAACUUUGGGAUUGUUCGAUGAAGACGGCGUUUCCCGACAAAUGUCAAAGAUCAAUCUCAGUACAAGGAAUACAGAAUCUCAAUCUGACGAAUCAAAUAAAUGUAAUGUUAGAGAAGCAGAUAGCAGCGAGGUAAUCGUUGACGAAUCAAGAUCUGAUUGUUCUGGCAGAGGGCAUCUCAAACGUAAGAAAAAGGUGAAGAAGAAGACAAAGGUCAAAGAAACUUCUCAACCAGCCUGUUUGUGUCCUAUAUGCGAAAAAGAUCUUCAAUCAGAAAAAAAUUUGAAAAUGCACGCUUAUGCCAAACAUCCCGCUAUAAAACUACAAGACGGUACUGCAGUCCCUUUAGAGAGCAUCGUUAAAGAUGAAUCACAUCUAAACCAUUAUGAAUGUCCCAUCUGCGGAUAUCGCCUUGAUAGAUUCAUGUCCAUUAUUAAAAAACAUUUCGAGAAGAAGCACAAAGACGCGAUAUCUGACUGCGUAUCGUUGGGAGUGUCUCAAAGUUCCGGAGAUGCACGCUGUGAUAUAACCGAUGAAGAUGGAACAUCAUCGAGAUCCGACAAAGCUGAGGAAGUGGAUACAGUUGGUAUACAGCAGCUAGAAGAUUCAGAUGGGGAUGCCAAUCAUCAUAAAGGGAUCGAAGAUAACGUUUGUCCAAUUUGCAGAAAAAAAUGCUCCUCAGAAGAAGUGCUUCUCCAGCAUGCUUCAAUCAAACAUCCUGCAAUCGUCCUCGGCAAUGACCCUCCAGCUUCUCUGGAAGCAGUUCUAAGAAUGCUAUGCAAAGAAGAAAAAGUGUGCCAUAAAUGCCCGUUCACUGAUUGCAUAUUCAGUUCCCUUCACUUGUAUCAUCUGAUGAAUCACAUCCUAAAAACGCAUAAAGACAAGGUUUACCUGUCUGACUGUGUAUCUAUGGAAUUGUUCGAUAAACGUUCUAGUUCUUUGCAAGGUGAAGAUUCACCUUCGCAAGCGGUGUGUCCGGUCGCGUUUUGCCCGAUUUGUAAAACGUUCUUCAAACGACAGAAAGCGCUGGUAGAACACGCCACAAUGAAACAUCCGGCGAUAAAAAUGAGAAACGGCUCGCCACUUCCGCUGCGAUCAGUUCUUAGAGUCCAGCGGGAAGGAAAGAACUAUUAUCAGUGUCCUUUUUGCUGUCAAGGUUAUGUCAAAGUAGAGCUUAUAACGUACCACAUUCUGAAGGAUCAUCAAGACAGGGCGGGUCAAAUUUCUGAUUGCGUGUCUUUGGAAUUAUUCGACGAAGGCUAUGGAAAUCUUCCUCUGAACUUAACUGAUGAGCAUGAUAGGAAAUUGGAAGAAUCUGCUUCGAGCCAUACAGAUGACGGACCAUCUUUCUAUAACUCUCGUUGGACCAGUAACAGCUCAGAAAUCAGCGAUAUUUCAUCGUCUUUACUGGAAACUAGCGUAGCUUCCCCUGAUACGUCCAAAAGUAGUUUUCCCCUACAGCAGAUCUGCCCUGCAACAUGUUGCACGUCAUGCGUCGGCACGUGUUGCAGGAACGUGUUGCAGUGGAAGCAGUCUGAAACGUCUGAGGUCCAAAGCGCGCCAAAUGCUAUCACUCAUCAUGAAUGUCCUUUAUGUAAAAGAACGUUUAAAUCUGAAGAAUCGCUGACCGAACAUACUAGAUUUAAACACCCGGCAAUAAAAUUGGAAAACGCACCUCCACUUCCUUUAGAGUCCGCCCUUAAAACUAAGUAUUUGGGGAGCAGGACUUAUUACGAGUGCCCUUUUUGUAUUCAUAAUAGUACCAAUAUAAGCAGUGCUGCGUCACACAUUCUGACGAAACACAAAGAACGGUCUUAUCAAAUGUCCAACUGUGUAUCCUUGAAAUUGUUUCACGACGCAACUGAAAAGUCAGCUCCCACGAUAUUGUGUCCCAUAUGCAAAGGUAACUUUAAAUCAGAAGGAGCUUUGAAGUAUCACGCUAAAAUCAAACAUCCUGCAAUAAGACUGAAAGCGAAUCUCGUCGUACCGUUGGAGAUGUGCCUCAAGACUCAAAGUGAAGAUUCUAGGAUUAUCCAGUGUUGUUACUGUACUGACUGGUUUUCUGGGCUGUCAGCUGUCACGAUUCACAUUAUCGAGAGACACGACGAAGAUUACAGAAAUGAGAUUUCAGAUUGCAUUACUGCCGGGUUGUACGACAUAGAAUCUUAA